AAAAAAUUUAUAAAAAUAAAGAAAAACUUUUAUAAAUAAAAUAAUAUGAGAAUAAUAAAAUAAAUAAAUAAAUAAAUAUUUUUUCGUAAAUGAACACCACUAAAAAUAUCAUAUUUAGUAACGAAAAAAUUAUAACAAAACGAAUAAUAACAUAACUUACGAAUAUGGUAUAAAGGGUCUACCAACAAGAACGAUGAGAUGUUUAAAUGAAAUAAAACACUUAAAAACUGGUAUCAGUUUUUAUUUUUUUUUUUUUAUGCAGAUAAUUGUAUGCCAUUUAUGAUUUGAACAAAAUGUCGGUCCAAUGGCCACCAUGGCUCCGUUUGCAUAUCACCACCCGUUUACGCCAAUUUUCGAUUACUAUUCCAGCAUUUCGGCUAUAGUGCGCUGAAUGUAGUGUUCGAGCUCCUCGAGCGUUGCUGGUUGCUUGGCGUAAUCCUUUGAUUUUGCAUACCCUCAGAGAAAAUAAUCAAGAGGCGUUAAAUCGCAUGAUCUUGGUGGCCUUUUGACUGGAUCAUGCACAAUGUGUUUAUGUUUAGACGUGAAACAUAAGUCGGCGCACCGUCUUGUGAGAAAUAGAGAUGGUCCGUUGAGAACGUGAAUUUGUGUAAGAAGCUUAGACAAUUGUACCAAAGUGAAACGUAAUACAAGGGGAAACCUUGCUGAACAUACUGACACUGACAAAAUUUGACACAAAUACGUAAACAAACAUGGCUGCGAGCUGUCAAAAUCACAUCAUCCCUAUUGGUAGACGCUAUACACACUAAAUAAUAAAAUAAUAUAUAUAUAUUUAUAAAUAUGAAUCUUAACAUGUAAGCUCUCUGUAAAAAUAAACCCCCACAAACUUUUCCAAUUUUUCAUUGAGUACGCAAUAUCGCGGCCAAAUUCGAAACGCCAAAUAUUUAUAUCACUACACUAUUUUCUUAGCGUACUCACAACAAUUUACAACACACACCGCGCACAGUAUUCGUUUUAUUGCAUUUUCGGCAGCGUGUAUUCGCCACUUCCUCUUGCAUUGCAUUUUUCAAAGUGCACACGUUCAAAUGUUCAAUGCUGUUUUCUUAAAAGUGCAAUUGUUAAACAAAUUCACGGCCAAAAAUAUUCAAAAGCACACCGACACAUACGCUGACGCAGUUGUACGGGAACGUCACACUAAUUUUUACAACAGGAUUAUUUCUAGAUCCACUACUGGCGGCCGACAUCACUUGACCGCCGAUAAUAAUUCCGCAAAACGCGCCAGAAGGCCAGUUCCGUAGUAUCGGCGCGUGCACACGACAAUGCGACCAGCGACUAGUUCGGUAGACACCGCUUAUAUACAUAUAUAUUUAGAUGUACAUAUAUAUGUAGAUGUGUGGUAUUACAAAAAAGUGUAAAAAUAAAUGUCACUACAAUAAUUUGCCGUGUGUUUGUGUUGUUGUCAGAGUUUACAACCGCUAAAAGCGACGCGUUCUGAUUCUUAAAGAACAUUAGCUGACUAUUCAGCUUCCUGGCGUGUGUAGCCUUCGGUCGACCCAACUGCCAUCGCGGAAAUAUUAGGAAUAAUCCGUUGCUUAAACUAAUGCAAUGGCAUAUUUGUGAUAAUUACUUUUUUUUUUUUCUUAUUAAUUUACGUGCUUCAUUGACUGAAAUAGGAGACGCAGACUUGCAUAAGUCAUUGGAUUUAUAAAUAAAACGAACGCUUGUGCUGAAAGGAAAAGCGUACAUAAAUAUAUAUGCAAUAUUGAAAAGUAUCGAAAUUGUGUUACAUCGUAAAAGUGUUUCUGUGUUUGUGCGCGCAAAAAAUUGCUAAGACAUCACAAAAGACGAGCUUCAAGCUCGCUAUUCCAGGUGUGCUUUGUAAACAUAUACCUAAUAGCGUCAAGUUAAACACAAUUCAAAAAUGUCUAAGUCAAAACCUAUGGAAAUGUCCAAUAUGGAUAUAGAUUUCCACGAGCGUAAAGCGGAGCCCUUUAAAAUGGGUAGAUUUAUCUACAAUUCAGCGGAGGGUACGGUAAUGGGACGUGAUCGCGCCUCAUGGGCAAAGAUCGGCAUCUUCUACACAGCGUUUUAUGGCGUAUUGGCCGCCUUAGUGGCCAUUUGCAUGUGGGUAUUCUUUCAAACACUAGAUCCACGCAUACCAAAGUGGACAUUGGAUAGCUCCAUAAUCGGCACAAAUCCAGGUCUUGGAUUCCGUCCACUGCCACCAUCGGACAAUGUCGAGAGCACAUUGAUUUGGUACAAGGGUACGCAACAUGAGAACUACAAACACUGGACGGAUUCGUUGGAUGAGUUCUUAGCAGUCUACAAAGUGCCUGGCCUAACACCUGGUCGCGGUCAGAACAUCUACAAUUGUGACUACAAUCAACCGCCACCAAAGGGUCAAGUUUGCGAUGUCGACAUUAAAACAUGGAAUCCCUGCACCAAGGAAAAUAAUUACAGUUAUCACAAGAGUUCACCAUGUGUUUUCUUGAAAUUGAAUAAAAUUUAUGGUUGGAUACCGGAGUAUUAUAAUGACUCCAAAGAUUUGCCCGAUAACAUGCCAACCAGCUUGAAAACUUAUAUUGGUGAAGUGGAGAAAUCGCAAAGUCAUAAGUUAAACACCAUUUGGGUUUCAUGCGAAGGCGAGAAUCCAGCUGAUCAGGAGAAUAUCGGUUCAGUCAACUACUUGCCAAUUCGUGGCUUCCCCGGCUACUUCUAUCCUUAUCAGAAUUCAGAGGGUUAUCUUAGCCCACUCGUAGCUGUGCACUUCGAGCGACCGAAGCGCGGCAUCAUCAUCAAUAUCGAAUGCAAGGCUUGGGCACGCAACAUUUUGCACGAUCGCAAGGAACGACUAGGCUCCGUGCACUUCGAGUUGCUGAUCGAUUAACAGAGUGUGGGAAAAAUGUUCGACAUUUACAACAACAUUUAAAGCAUUGAAGAGCGUCGGCUAACGCUAAUGCCACCAACGAGUAGCAUAGAUUUUUUCAGCUAUAUUGUAUACACAUAUAUACAAGCAUACAUCUUAACAAAAAAAUGAAAUCAACACAAAUUUAUAAAUACCAAGGAGCUAUGCAGUCGAACGAUUACACGCUAAUGAAAAAACCAACAAACACAAUCCCACAAUCAUAUGUAUACAGAUAUAUGUAUGUACCAUUUAGUAUAAAGAAUUACGAGACAAUUGUUGGGUUCUAUAGUUAUGUAAAUUUCUUGAUAAUUUUUUUUUUUCAUUUAAUUUAAUCAUUUCUUUUCUGUUAGUUUGUAUGAUGUCUUUGAUUAACUUUUAAGCAGAUAAUAUAUAUAUUAUAUAUAAAUAUACAUAUGAAUAUGUAUAUAUAACUAUGUGUAAGUUAAAAAGAAAAACGUGAGCGAAUUAUAGAAAAAUAACCAUUAAAUAAUACCAAAUGUAUGUAUUUUAAAACACUUUGCAACAGUAAAGCCCCAAGCAGAGAAUUAUACAAAUGUAUAUACAAACGAAUACAAAGUAUGUAUAUGCUACAACUGUGCAAAUAUUUGACAAUCUUUUUCCUGGUUUAGAUAAAUCGUACAUAAUCGAAAAUAUAGAUAUGGAACUGGAAGCUACAAACAUAAAAAAGCAUAAACAAAGCAUAUUUUAAUACAACUACCCAUAAAUGUUGCUUACAUACAUACAUACAUAUGUGUGUAUAAUCAUGUAUUUUAAGAUAACUGCCAUUCAUAUACCGAGGAGUUGCUAUAGUAUAACGCAUAAAAGUAUGCUGAAUAUUAUAGCAAAAAUAAAUUUCAUGCGAGAAAAAUAUUUAAUAUGUCUGAAAAAAUAACGGGAAUUUCAGAAUAAAAAAAAUAAAAUUAACGUCUUUUAAAAUACCGUUAUAAUAGUCCUGCAUAUAAUUGUUUUCGAAAAUAUUUAUGUAUUUUGAUAUUUGGUUUUUUCGACAUGUUUUCAUAUAUAAAACAUAAAAAUAAACCACUUCAUGAAUAAAAAAAAAUGUUAAUAAGUAUUUUAAAAACUCGAAAUAAAGCUGAUCUUUAUUUAUUCAUAUGGUAUUUGCUGUAGUUUAACGCAUAAAAGUAUGCUAAAUACAUUGAAAAUGGCAUGCGAGAAAAGUAUUUAAUUUGUCAGAAAUAUUAUAAUAGGUAUAUACCUAUAUAACAAAAUAACGAGAAUUUCAAAAUGAAAAAACUGCAUUAAAAUGAUAACUUUUUCAUUAUACUGUUAUGGGAGACCUGCUAGUAAUAAUUUUGGAAAAUAUUUGUGUUUUUCAACAUUUUCAUGUAUUUGCCAUAGUUUUUAAAUAUGUUAUAUAUAAAAAUAAACCGAUAUUUUUUUCGAAAAACUACUUUGAAAACGUAAUAAAAUAAAACUCAUUUCGGAAUUACAAAAAAUCUCAAUUUCAGAAUUUCGAAAUAAGUUUGAUCUUCAAUUUUUAAACUCUUAUAUAGCCAACAGCGUAUUUGAAAUAACUUUUCGAAUUUUAUUCAUACUUUUAACUGUUUGAGCUCAACGAAAGAGGGUCAAGCCCAAGCUUUGAAGGAGUCGCCCACUAAAGGUGGAAAUUAAAAUUUUAACAGGAGUCUCGAAAUUAAUGUUUUUAGCGAAUAAAUUAUAUUUGGGGCAUUUGACAGCUUGUUAUAGCGGAUUUCGCCAAUUGUUUAAAUCAGGAUUUUUAAAGAACUUUCGCUAUUAUAUAAUUCAAAACAAAAACUCAGGUUUGACAAAAAAAUUUGAAUUCGAAUUUCGGGAUACCGAUAUGAGUUAGUCCCAGAAACUUAAAUAUUGUACUAUAUAAUAAUUUCAGUGAUAAAAAAUAACGAUAUUCAGGGUUUAAAAAUUUUUGGGAUCCCGAUAUUAGUUUGCACUAAAGCCCAUUAUGAGUUCGUCUAAAAAUUCAAAAAUUAUUCAACCAUAUACAAUAAAUUCAGAGAGGAAAAGAGACAAAACAUAGGUUUUUUUAAAUUUUCAAGAUGAUGAGAAAAGACUACAUUUGGGUUGUGGAAAUUUUUUGGAAAAUCAUUUGGAAAGUAACAUUGUCAGUAAUGAAAAGAGACAAAAUUUAAGAUUCAUUGAUGAUAAUUUUCGGGAUUCUGAUAUUUGUAAGUCUUAAACUUUAAAAAUUGCUUUAUAAAACAUUUUUAAUGUUGAAAAAACCAAGAAUUAGGUUUUGAAAAAUUUCGGGAUCCCGAAAAUUUUUUACAAUCACAGUCAAAAUUUAGCAAAGCCCAUUUUAAAAAAUUUUAUGAUAAAUGAAAUAUUUUUCAGUAUAUGUAUAUUAUAUGCAUAAAUGCAUUUUCAAUUUAAGAGUUGUAUUCAAACUCAAAAUCGAAAGAAUUUUCACUAAAACACUUGCGAGAAAGUAAAAAUAAAUGUAUUCAACGGUAAUGUCAAUGCAUCAUGUUUUUGUUAUUGUAAACUAAUAAUUAAUUUGCUUAGUUUUAAAAUUAAAUAUAAUAAAUAACGCUUUAGGAAACUAUUACCCGCCACACAACUCGUUCUACAAGCCAACAUACAUAACAACAAAAUGAGAACAACAACAAAUAACUUAGUGGUAAAGAAUCAUACACCUAGCAAUGUACAAGUAGUUCAAUCCAAAAUAAACAAAAAGUAAAAUAAUAAUAAUUGAAGUAACUCAUUGACAAGCAACUACUGUAAGUUAAACAGUUAUAAAUAAUAAUAAAAAAUUGUAAAGAAAACGAAUAAAACCAUUGAAGACCAACAACAA